GGGCGUGUCCCGGCCGUUACAGCACCCUCCUGUUUUGUCCCACACACAGCAGAGCCGCCUGUCCUGGCACAAGUACGCACCUCCUCUCCUCUCCGGUGCAGCGCGCGGAGCUGAGAUCAAUCUGCCGGGGAGAGAGGGAUGAGGUCCCGGCAGGCAGCCGGGAAAGACCACUGGGGAAACAUGAAUGGAAGUAAUUUACAACUCUGACAGUCCUUCAAGGCGUAACAAGGUCAUAUGUUCGGACUUCUGAGCGUAGCCUAUUUAAAGUGGGAAGUGAUAAGCAGCGACGGGACAGAGAAUUUGUUUUUGGAUGAAUGUUUUGCUUCACUUUAUCCACUAGGCCUAAUUAAGGUUUAAGUCAACUUCAAAUGUGGUCAGAAAUCUAAAGACAUCUACUUUACUUUCGGAGUUGCCACAAACAGGCUGACAGAGAGGACAGUAGCCUGGGCUGAAGAAACUUUUUGUUCUCGGGGUUGAGCCAGAGAUGGAGCCGGAGGAGGGGAAGAUCUCUGUGUGGGUCUGCCGGGAGGAGAAGCUGGUCUCCGGACUGACGAAGCGAACCACCUGCGCCGACGUGGUCAGAGUCUUGCUGGAGGACCAGAACCUGCAGCAGGGCGCCUCGGCGGCGAUGCUGUCCGGCUCUCCGCAGUCCUACUGCGUGGUGGAGAAAUGGAGAGGCUUCGAGAGGAUUUUACCAAACAAGACCAAACUCCUCCGGCUGUGGAGCGCCUGGGGGGACGAGCAGGAGAAUGUCCGCUUCGUCCUGGUGAAGAACGAGGCUUCGUUACCCAACAACGGGCCUCGCAGCGCCGAGGCCCGGGUGGUCCAGAGCCGGGAGAGCGGCGGUCCGGGCGGGAUGCUCAAGGGCACCGCCAAGACCUGCUGGACCGCCGCGGCCGCUGCCGCUAACCUGUCCCAGGAGAAACAGAGGCGCAUAGUCAGGAAGGCUUUCAGGAAGUUGGAUAAGAUGAACAAAAAGAAAGAGCAGACUGUUUCUAAAGAUAAAGGCUCCGUGGAGAAGAUGGAGACGCUGGUUCACCUGGUGAUCUCCCAGGACCACACCAUCCGCCAGCAGAUCCAGAGGAUAAAGGAGCUGGACCGGGAGAUCGAGCGGUACGAGGCCAAAGUGCACUUCGACCGCAUCAAGAGACACGGGGUGAACUAUGUGCAGGACACAUACAUGGUGGACUCCCCCUCGGAGGGUCCCGCUCCUUCGGACUGUAAGCGCAAAGCGGAGCGGCAGGACGCGCGGUGCACAGCGGAGGCGCUCGCGCAGUUCGAGGAGUACGCGCGCCGGUGCGAGGAGGUGGUGCGGCUGCAGGAGGAGCUGACGGAGCGCGAGGCGCUCGUGGAGAGUAUCACCGGGGAGAUCCAGGAGGAGCUCAACCAGCGGUGGAUGAAGCGGCGGCGGGAGGAGAGAGGAGCGGAGGCGGCGAAGGACACAGAGAGCGUCGCGGAGAUGUGCCUGGCCGCGUCUGCCGCUCCAGCUGUGGAACCAGAUGUGGAAAGUUUGUCUGAGAACGAGCUCUCGCUGGAGGAGGAGAGGAUCAAAACGCAGCUGGACACCAGUCUGUACAUCGGCCUGCGGCUGAAGACAGACCUGGACGCCAUCAGGGGGGACUUGGACCUGAGUCUGGCACUCUGGGAGACCAAGGAGAGCGAACUUCUGGACCUACUGGCCAAAGUUGAGACCAUGGAGAUAGAGCAGGUGAACAACAAACUGACUGAUGAUGGUAAGGCAGAGCUGGGUGCAGUGAGCGCUGAGGCUGAGCCGGCUUCAGCAGAGAAGAGCAGCGGCUGGGUGGAGCAGGCCAGAGGUCUGUCCAAGGCCUGCAGUACAAACGAUGAGGACUCAGACACGGGCCUGAGCUCUAUGCACAGCCAGGACUCUGACAACCCACCUGUGUGCGAGUCACUGGUAUAGACUCACUUUGUUUGGAAGCAUGUUGGACUUUUAUGCAAUUCAAAGCCACAAACUCAGGGGCAGAGAAUCAGUGUUGGCAAUACUGGGAGAUGUUCUUCCCUACCCAAAAUGCACCUCAGUACGGACACUGUAAUUCUAUAGCAAUAAUUCCUAUAUGUAGUUGCACAAUAAGCUAGGAGGGACAGCAUGCUUUGAGAGCUUUGAUAGGCCAUGCUGCUCCAUAGCUGACCUUUGACCUCCAUGAGGAGAGUCAACAAAGUACCACUUAUUAAGCGAGAUAGCCUAGAGGAGUAUUAUAAUAAGCCACUUAUAACCUGUAGUCUUCAAUGAGAAACUGUGUUUAAGGUAUACUUGAUCACAGGUUUACAAAGAGUUAAUAACAGCUUGCUUUUGUCAAGAUACAGUCUGACUUUUGCUGAAGCGACCGAAAGGUAAGGCUGCGUGUUGUUUCAUAGACAUUCUGUAGGUAGGCCUAAUGGCUAUAAACAGACAGGUUUCCUUUAAAAGGUCAUCAUCAAGUGUACCUUAAUGCACAGUGAAGUACAGUUAGGUCAGCUACAAACAUGCUCUUUCAAUCAAAGCAAUGCACGAUAAAGGCGGGAUCAGUUCAUUUCAGCCUCUUCAAAAUAACAUUGAAAAUGACUAUUCAGAACUACUUUACUAGUUUUUGAACAAAUGAAAACUGCAGACUUUGAGAACUGCAGUUGAAACACUGAUCCCUAUCCUGCCUGCUAAGCAGAGCAGAUCAGUUGAUAUUGUCCUCAGUAGAAACAGUGUCUGUCUUUAAAGCACAAAACGUCCUAUUUAUUUAACAAUAUGUUAGAGCUGGGUCAUCUACUACACUCUGUCCUGUACUGGUCAACUUUCAUAGGUUGGAUUUAACAUGAAACAUUUGAUUCCUAUUUUUUUUUGCAUCGCAGCUCUUUCACACAGCUAAUCAUUUUGCCAUUCAUCCGAUUUAUAUUUUAACCACCUUUGGAAAGAAACAAAUGCAUGUUGGGCACUUGUUUAAAGGGGUACUCCAGCAAUUUAAUAUUUCACUUCCAUAAAUGUGGGGGACUCAUAAGAGACAGAUUGAAAAAGAAUGGUCGAAAUUGAAGCAGCAGAGACAGAGAUAUCCUGAUUUUUAGUCGCUAGUAUGGUUCAAGCUUCAAAAACAUCAGAUCCUACAUUUCCCAUAAUGCAACUGGGAUCUUUAAUUAGACCUCCCUGUCUCCCAAAAUCCAAUGUCUUUCAAACCCCAGACCUCUAAUUUGUUACCCAUGGCUUUCUGUUAAAAAUAUUAAAUCUCAAGUCAGAGCUUUAGAUAAACAGUCGUGCAUAGCCAGACCUGUCUCCACACUGUGCCAGCGCUGGAUAAAGGUCUGGCUGAACCCAUUAUCAUUCUGGUAUAGGGGGAAAAACACUCUGGCUUGUUUGUAUUUCUUUAAACCAAUCACAGUCGUCUUGGGAGGUGCUAAGCACAGGAUGCAGUGACGGUGCCCUUGCAAAACAGUAACACGCAGAUAGCGGAAGGGGUGGAGAAUUCCAACUGAAAUUGUCGGCCAACGCGGUGGCUUGUUUCCCUGAAAAGCAUCUUACUCAACCUUAAUCAGUGUAAGCAGACAAGAAAAACCUCAUGUUUAUAUCAAGAUUCAAGUCAAGGAUUUAUUUCCUCUAUCAGAAGGACGGUGUUAUCAGAUGGUACAAGUUACUGUGUAACAAAAACUAACACACCAGGAAUACUAAUGAGUCUGUACAUUAGAUAUCUACAGUGCAGUAGACUAUGGUUCAGAUUCUGUGUUUCUUGUCUAAUUAACACAUUUAUACUAACCAGCUAUGGAAAGCCAGGGAUUCCAAAAACACGUGAAGGUCUUUACAGUGUUGCUAGGCCUGUACACUUCAGUCCAUCUGUGAGUACAAACACCUGUGAGAUUGGAUUUUAAGAUGCUUUUGGGAGAAACGACCCCAUUUCGCAAUCCCACAGUCCCUGCAUCUCUGAACACUGUGACAUUAAGGGGAACUAUUUUAAGCCUCAGUUCACUUUUUACAUCUUGGAAAUAGUUGCUGCAAAGCAGUAUUAGCUGUGCUUCCUGGCACGAUCUUCCAGGGACUGCACAGACAAUAAGCAACAGAAAAUAAAACUAAAGCUACCAGAAUACAUUAUUUUGAGAUCAUUCUUCAACUAAAUCACUCUGUAUUUUUGUCAGGCUGUUGUGAUGUCAAAUCUUACAUGGUUGACUAUGUCUAACUGUAAACUGGUGAGAAUCAAUAACCUUGUAAGACCUAGAAGAGACUGAUGAUACUGUUUUCUGUGGAGUUAGCUGUUAACUGUAUCCAAAUACCAAAAUGACCUGUGUGUAGCUAUGUUAUGUCGCUUGGUCAGGGACAGUUUGGGCUUCUCAGUCCAUGACAUUCAGUCUGCUUUGUCUAGAUAGAUAGCUCUAGAUCAACAACUCUGAGGCUACAGCAAGAGUACUCAGAUGCACUGUGGCUGCAUCGUAACGCCAGUCAGCACAUUAUUACACAUGACUGUUAGUGUUGAAAUAAACAGCAAAACCUA